GGCGGACUUCCAGUUGGAGAGCAUUUAAUUCAGCCAGAGCGGAUGCCAGACGAAAGUUAGCUCAGCCGCAAAAAGGAGGGAAGCUGUAUUUUGUGGAUAACAGUAUUACUAAACAUAUCGACAUACUGCACCGUGUUUGUGUUUCCCUGCAAGACAGUCAGUAUGAAAUGCCCCAGCUACGAAGCCAUUAAGGCAAACAACAUGGAGAGAAGCUCUGCUGCAGAAUCCAAGGUUUUUCACCUCAAAGCUUCCCCUGUGAAAGAGCCCUCACCCAUCAAAUCUCAGUAUUCACCUGCAAACGUGACCACAGUUCUGUUCUCUCUCAACAACACCGGAGCAGUCAACAACAAGGAAAAUAGCACCAGCAAGGACUACGAAAGGUGUCUAGAAGAAGUGUUUGAAGACAGUGGUUAUUUGUCUCUGCAUAACAGUCAGAUUGAGGACCAUCAUGGGGAAGAGGACCACAUUCAGGAGAAACAAACAAUCUUGCUAUCUCCUGUUGCCACACGUAAUGAAAAGACAGUAUCACCCAAGAAAUCUCCCUCGAAAUCUCCCUCCAAAUAUUCAACAAAAGGUCGCCGCUUAGUGCUUCAGGUUGCAGCUUCCACUCCUGUGGACUAUCAUAAAAGGAGAGUGUCCACAUGCUCCCUGUCAUCCACCCCAACCCACGAUCACAGUGACCACAGCCUGCCAAUACUGAAGUUCCAGCGGGAUGUGUGUGAAAAGCUGGCUAAGAGCUACCACAAGAAUAAGAGGUAUGACUGGAGCAUCCCCUCACAAGUAGCAGAGGAUCAUCUGUUGGAUCGUGUGAUUGGAGGACAGAUGGGCCUGGAGUAUGUGGAUGUGUUUUCAUCCCUGCUGACAAGGAACAUGAGGGGCAUCUUGACCAAGAUCCUGGCCAUGCUGAGUGACAUGGACCUUAUUAGCUGUAAGAAAGUGAGCCGGACGUGGAAGCGGAUUAUCUGUGCGGACACAGCUGCUCUGAGCAGGUGUCAAAAAGCCAAGCAGGCACAGGAGGAGUCAAGGAGCUCCCUGAAACAGAAGAGCUGUAGUCUGACGAGAGAUGUUGCAGUGUCCAGGCUGGUGCUGUCCAGCAUGCAGACCCUGGCCUCAUCAAGCACAUCAUCAUCAUCUUCAUCCACCUCUUCCUCAUCUUCACUGAGCUGCAGAGUCAACAGACGUUCUUCUCAGAAGGGCAGCACGCCGAACUCCCAAUGCACACGCUUCAAUGACUAUGUACAGGCUGCCAGCAGUCUCAAGCAGCAUGAGUCUCUGCGAUCCUGCAAACGCUGCGGCUCACCGGCGACGUACUCUGCUGAAGCUCGCAGAGCCACGUGCAUGCGCCUCAACUGCCAAUUUGACUUCUGCACACAUUGUCAGCAGGGGUUCCAUGGCUCUACACCUUGCAGAGUGGUGCAGCCCAGAGCCCACUUUCCUUCCUCCCAGUCAACCCAGAUCAUACCAGGCAGUGCUCGCAGUAAGAGGAACAUCCGACGCUUGUGAGGGAGCUUUAACAAGGUUUUAAUCAAUGACUGUUUUAACUGGACCUGGUCGUCUUUCCCUCCAAUGCUCAGACAGCAGGGGCCUCUUUUCAAACCCUGUGGAGAUUAAACUCUGCUUCAUACUGAGCUUUGGCUUUAACUGACUGAAUAAUAUGACUGAAGCACUUGUUAGAACACUGCUGGGACAAUCAACCAGAGAGUGUCAUCUGACUCAGAAUGUUGUCGUCUGCGAGCGACAAUAAAAAAAGAAAAUAGAAAUUGUACAGUUUUAUAAAGUUUUAAAUGAAAUGGAUGUAAAUAUACUGUAUUUUAAUCAGUUUUGUAUUUGUUGUUUUAAAUAAAUGUUGAUCCUCAGCGGUCUGAAUAUGUUAAUA